AUCUCCAGACCCCCAGUAGAGGAUGUGGCGGCUACAGCCCAGUGAAGGCUGGGGGCGACGGGUCGGACGGUGGGUCGGGCUGGGCUGGACCGCCUGGUUCCUCCAGGAGGAUGAAGAGGCUCUGGGGCUGGCACAGAGGGACGAGCUGAGCAGGACGUAUGUAGAGGAGGCUCAACCAAACCAGACUACCAGGAGGGAGAGCAGCUAUGGAACCCCUCCUUCCAGCCCUGACACCCAGCAGGAGCCCCGCUCUUCUCAGACCAGGAGUCAGACUCCCAGUCCCAGGAUCACUACCUGGGAGGCAGGCUGGAACGUGACAAAUGCAAUCCAGGGUAUCUUCGUGCUGGGCCUGCCCUAUGCCUUGCUCCAAAGUGGCUACCUAGGGUUGGUGCUGCUCCCCCUGGCUGCAGUGGUGUGUAACUACACCGGCCAGAUCCUGGUGUCCUGUCUGUAUGAGGAGGACGAGAGCGGCCUCCCGGUCCGUGUGCGAGACUCCUAUGAGGACGUGGCCAACGCCAGCUGCCGGGGCCUGUGCCCGCUGUACCCUCGCCUGGGUGGCUGGCUGGUGAACCUGGCACAGCUGCUGGAGCUGGUCAUGACCUGCACGCUCUACCUGGUGGUGAGCACCAACCUCCUGGCCCACAGUCUGUCCUCCCUACCCUCGGCCCUGGCCCUGGCCCCAGGCACCUCCGCAGCCCUCUGCCCCCUGGUGCCUCUCCUGGUGCUGCUGCCCUGCCUGCUGCUGGCUGACCUGAGAGUGGUGUCCAAGCUCAGCAUGCUCUGCUCCUUGGCCCAGCUCCUCACCACUCUGCUGGUCAUGCUCUACUGCCUGGGUGGGGCCGGGGGCUGGGCCUGGGAGACUCUUCCUGUUUUGGUACCCUAUGAUAAGAUGCUGGUGUCGGUGGGCGUGAUUAUCUUCAGCUACACCUCCCAGAUAUUUCUGCCAACGCUGGAAGGAAACAUGGAGAACAGACAGGAGUUCUGCUCCAUGCUGGGCUGGACCCAUGGCCUGGCCUGUCUACUGAAGACCCUGUUCUCCUUGCUGGCCUUUCUUACCUGGGGGGCCAACACCCGCGAGGUCAUCACCGACAACCUGCCUUCCCCCAUGAGGACGAUGGUCAACCUCUGUCUGCUCACCAAGGCUCUGCUCUCUUACCCCCUCCCCUUCUAUGCUGCCACCGAGCUCCUAAUGGCCAGUAUAAGAGGGGGUGGGGUUAUGAGUAAGGAAGGGGAGGGGCCUCCAGGUGGGAGGUGGGUGGAGUCUGUUGGGACACUGAAUUGUGAAGACGAAGGCUCCCAGGUCAAUGGGGUUAUGGGUAGGGUUGUUGAUGAGGAAGAGGCAGGGUCUGUUACCAAUCCAGGAGGGGCGGGGUCGAUUGUGGGUGGAGUCCUAGGGAGGGUAGGGGCGGGGUUGAGGGCCCUGAGAGGCUUGGAGGUGGGCUCUGUGGCCCUGAGGGGUGGGCUCUUGCUGCUCACCUUCCUAUUGGCUCAGCUUGUACCCCAUUUCUCCCUGCUGAUGGGGUUGACAGGGAGUGUGACGGGCGCGGCCAUGAGCCUCAUCCUGCCCUGUGUGUUCCACCUGCGACUGCGCUGGGCGGCGCUGAGUGGGUGGAGCCGAAUGCUGGACCUCAUCAUCCUGACUCUUGGCACCAUCUGCAGCCUAUCUGGUUUGCUCUGCUCUCUACAUGGCCUGCUGCAGGCAGUCAGCGAUGGAUAGAGGGAGGGAUGGAGGGAUGGGAGAAUAGCAGAAUAUGGGAUACAGGGAUGGGUACAGGCAAGUAGAGCAAUGGAGGAUCGGAGGGAGAGUAGGAUGGAGAGGAAGAGAUAGAGUGUAAGGAGAGAGGGAGGGAUGACUAGAGGAAGAAAAAGAAGAUAAACAAUGAUAUUAAUCUUUUUGAUUUUCUGUACUGAAAAAAGCACAUUGUAAAAAGGAACAUUCAGUAUGAUAUAUUUUCACAUAUGUGAUUCUAUUAUCUAGUUUACUCCUCAGAUAAAUGUCUCUCGUUUAGCACCUCUUACUGUUACUGUAUUACGGCAGCACUGAUGCUUUACCUAGCUGUCUCCCCUAUGUUCUGCUUUUCUGUGUAGAAAUAAAACACUCAAGUGAUGCGAGUGACACUAUAUUUGUGUCGAACAGUUGAU